CAAAAAUAGAAACUUCUUCUUUCUUACCCAAAACCUUUGCUCCUUCCAAAAGAGAAUUCCUGUUUUUAUUCCAACACUUCCAUCCACCCAUCUCGUCUUUCAAUACUCAUAUUCUUCAACACCACACUCCAUCCAGCAUCAUCUCGAACAACCCUUGCACAUACAAAAAUCCAAGUCACGUGCUAGCGCGUCGCCCACGUCGCGUAAACUCGACCACCAAACCGCGUACGAUGGACAUCUACCAUUGGCGCCGCCAGAUCCCACGCAACCACUUCUACGACAUGUGGAACAAGCCCUUCAAGCCGCCCUCGAUGCGGCCACGGCCGGCGGAGGCGAAGAAGCCACGGUCACGAGAUGAUGAGGUGGAGCGGGUGGAGGCUACGCCGUCGCCGCCGGGGAGUCCUGUGGGGGGGAAGAAGGGGGUUAAGGUGUGGGAGAAUCCUGCGCCGAAACCGCUGUCCCAGACGACGGCAGCGGUGAAUGCACCGAGGAAACCGUUGGUGGUUAAGCAGGGCCACGGGGGGGGGAAGAAGGAGGGGUUUGAUGAGGAUGCGCCGAAGGGGUAUUAUAAUGUUAUGUGGCGCAAGUAUAGUACGAAGAAACACAAGACGUGGGAUGGGGAUGGGGUGCUGUUGGUCUGGAACGGGAAGGCGAGGUUGGUGGACCUCGAAGCGAGACAGCUGGCUGAGACGAGGUGUUAUGAGACGUUCCUGCCGGAGAGUACGCUGAACGUUGGAGGGAGGGAGGUGGAGAUUGUGUCGCUCAUCCCGCGGGAAGAUUAUUACGCCGGCAAGCCGUUUACCAACACGGCACAGGUGUCGAAGCGGCCGACUGAUGUGGUAGAGCCGAUACCGAAGCAGGUGCCGAGUUUCCAGCCGCUGAAGCGCAAGUCGGGCGAUAUUGAAGGCUCGUCAAGGAAUAAGGCGAUUAAGGUGGAGGAUGGAGACUCUCCUGGCGCGGCGCCGGCGAAGAACUUUUACGGACAGUCUUCGCUCAAGCAGGAGUUUAAGAGCCCGGUUAUUUUGUCGACGGUCGUGCCGCAGGGGAAGAAGGGGGUGCCUACCCCGCGACAUGAUCCGCGCGCGCCGGGAGCGUUGGUUAUGAAGCGACCCAAGGAUUGUCCGAAAGGAAGGCAGAUAGUUGAUGUUGUUGUUGACCCGCUGCUCUCUAAGAAGCUCCGGCCACAUCAGCGGGAAGGCGUGAAGUUCCUGUACGAGUGUGUAAUGGGAUUACGCGAUUACGGUGGGAAGGGGGCAUUACUGGCCGAUGAGAUGGGCCUGGGCAAGACGCUUCAGAGCAUUGCGCUUAUCUGGACGUUGUUGAAGCAGAAUCCGAUUUCUGGUGAUGGGCCCGCGAUCAAGAAGGUGCUGGUUGUGUGUCCGGUGACGCUGAUAGACAAUUGGAAGAAGGAAUUUAGGAGCUGGUUGGGCAAUAUUAAUAUUGGCGUUAUGGUUGCGGACGGCAAGAUGAAGCUUACGGAUUUCACGCACGGUGCGAGUUACAGUGUCUUGAUUGUGGGGUAUGAGAGGAUGAGGGGUAUUGCUGAAGAGUUGGGCCAAGGCGCGGGGAUUGAUCUUAUCAUUGUGGAUGAGGGCCAUCGGCUCAAGAAGGAAAACAACAAGGCCGCGCAGGCUAUCAAGGGUCUGUCGGUAGAGAAAAUGAUUAUCCUGUCUGGGACACCACUCCAGAACGAUCUCACAGAGUUCUUCGUCAUGGUUGAUUUUCUCAACCCCGAUCUUCUCAAGUCGGCCAGCUCCUUCAAGAAGAAUUUCGAAACUCCAAUUCUAAGGAGCAGGCAACCUAAUGCGAGCGAAAGGGAAAGGGAGCUGGGCGAAGCGAGGCAAGCUGAACUCUCCGAAAUGACCCAGCAAUUCAUCCUUCGAAGGACAGCAGAGGUCCAGGCACAUUUCCUCCCACAGAAAACCGAAUUCGUGGUCUUCUGCAAGCCAACCGCGGCGCAGGCUCAGAUAUAUGAGGAGAUACUGGAGUCGCCUGCGUUUAUGGGCGCCCUCAAUGGGUAUAAGGCGGCACAGGCACAGGCUUUGGGGCUGAUAAAUAUUCUGAGGAAAGUAUGCAACUCUCCUAUGCUGCUUCUCCCAUCGAGCAAGAAGUCCGCAUCGAAGCGUGUAGGCGAGGAUGGAGAAGAUGCCGUGGAGGGAAUCUCGGAAGAAAGACUAAAGGCGCCCCUCCUUGCCACAAGCACAAAGAUGCGCGUCCUAGACGGGCUCCUCAAAGCCAUCGCCGAAGACCCGCGCAACACUAAGGAGAAAGUCGUCAUAGUCUCCAACUUCACCGCCACGCUUGACCUCCUCCAAAAACACCUCGCGCAGCUUAGUCUUCCUUUCCUCCGCCUCGACGGCGACACCCCCACCAACCGACGCCAGGACAUUGUCAACGAAUUUAACAAGACCUCCGCCAAGAAGAACUUCGCGCUUCUCCUCUCCGCCAAAGCCGGCGGUGUGGGCCUCAACCUCGUCGGCGCCUCACGGCUCAUCCUCUUCGACGUCGACUGGAACCCCGCGACGGACCUGCAAGCCAUGGCUCGUGUCCAUCGCCCCGGCCAGGAGAAGCCGACUUUCAUAUACCGUCUCCUCAUGGCGGGCGGUAUGGAUGAGAAGAUUUAUCAGCGCCAGCUUACGAAGAAGGGACUCGCGGAUAGUAUUGUGGAUAACAAGAAGAAUGGGGCUGUCUUCUCGGCUGAUGAGUUAAGAGACCUCUUUACUCUGGACACUACUUCAGACUGCAAGACCCACGACCUCCUUGGCUGCAACUGCGGCGGUCGCGCUGUGGAACCUGUAGUUGACGAGCCGACCGAGGACGCCACACCCGUCGAGGAACCCGCUCCCGCAGCCGUUCCCGCUCCCGCCUCGGAAGCCUCAGACUCCGACGACGACCUCCCCCUCAACCCAUGCGACUCCCGCCGCCGUCGCCAAUCCCGCCCAACCCUAAUCCCCGCCUCGCAAUACGACUGGGCCGCCGAAGAAGCCCGCGAAGCCGCCUCAGCAGCAGAGCGUCGACGCCUUCAUGCUGCGGGGAACAUGGCGAGUCUACUGGAAUACGAACAUAUUGAUACGGCGGCGUUGCGGGAGCCGCUGGAUGUGUUUGGGGUUAAGAGGGAGGGGGUUGAGGAGGUGGAGGGGAGGGUUGGGGAUGAGGUGCUUUGUGGGGUGUUGGGGGAGGGGGGGAGGGGGGUGAGUUUUGUUUUUGUGAAGAGGAGUGGGGAGAAGGAUGAGUAA